AUGGGCGACAUCAAUAUGGACGAGGCCCCCGAUAAGGACCAGGACUUGGACCCCAUUAAGACCUCCUACGAUGUCUUCAUCAAACCUCGAAUCUCGUCGGACCGUCAAAUCUACAUUCUCCAGUUCCCCAACCGUGACUCGAAGCAGCCCUACUCAGCAGCCAACCAAUCCCAGCCCCUCAAACUGCGAGUUAAGCCAAACGCUGGUAUGGUAGAGGUUGACGUGCCCGUAGAUGCUUGGAGGAACUACGACCGGCUCAAGGGCAUUCAAUGGGGUGAAUCGCUGAAGAAGAGCAGCAUGAGCAAGGGCAGAGGCAGUCAUGGUCUACCUGGUGGGUUCGGCAUUGGAGGCGCACCGCCGGGGAGAGGGAGGGGCAGAGGAGCUGAUCAGGAUGAGAUGGCUACUCAUGAGAAGAUGUUGAAUGAUUACGCCGGCUCCAUGGAGAGGGACGAGGUAUUGACGAAGCAGACCUUGGGUGGCCAGGCAGUCUCGAAUAGUGAGACCAAUCCGCAAUAUAUGGUUGGCACUUUCCGGAAAAAUCAACUCCAUCUCACGCCAGUAGACCACAUAGUUCAGAUGCGGCCUCAGUUCCAUCAUAUUGAUGCUCUUGCUGAGCAACACAAGGCAGCAGCUCCCCGAGACACCCCGGCGCGGGCUCAAGAACCAAGAGCUAUCCACAUGACCGUUAAAUCAUCUAUCGAUGGCGAAGAGGACUCCACCGACACCAUGAUCGAGAGAAUCGCUGCUACGCAAGCCGAAGUAUGGAAGGGUCAUCGCUACAUCGAUGAAGAUACCAAUGAGGCAUGGGAGGCAUUCGAGGAGAGUUUGUUUGUGGGUGGCGAGAGAGAGCUUGAUCCUAAUGAGCUUUUAUCGGACAAGGUACCCGAGCUGGUGACUAGUCUGGAUGAUAGGGAAUAUUUGGAUGCUGUGAGUGCGCCUAGGGAGGAGGGAGAUCCACCACGACUUAAAAAGUCCACGAAGGGCAAGGAUAAGAAAGGGAAGGGCAAAGCUGUGGGUGGUGAGGCGGAUGGAGAUGAUGCUGCCAGCUCCAGUGGUUUAUCUGAUACAGAGGUUGAAAGCGAAGAGGAAGCCGCUAAGUAA